AUGACUAAAGAUGAAGAAGACUUUAAGCUCCUCAAGAUCCAGACUUGUUUUCUCAGAGUCAAUUUACACUGUGAUGGUUGCAAACACAAAGUCAAGAAGCUCCUUCACAAAAUUGAUGGUGUAUACCAAGUGAAUAUAGAUGCAGAGCAGCAAAAAGUUACUGUUUCAGGAAAUGUAGACUCUGCAACUUUGAUCAAGAAACUGGUUAGAGCUGGUAAACAUGCUGAGCUUUGGUCAAACAAGUCAAACCAAAAUCACAACCAAAACCAAAGCCAAAGCCAAAGCCAAAAUCAGAAGGGAUCCUGCAAAGAUGACAAGAAAAACAAAACCCAGAAACCAGAAUUCAUCAAAGGUCUGGAUUCCUUGAAACUCCAGCAAAAGUUUCAACCUUUGAGCUUGGAAGAAGGCGAUGAUUAUCCUGAUGAUGAAGAAGCAGAAGAAAAUGAAGAGGAGAUGAGAUUACUGAACCAAAAAGCCAGUCAAUUUGCUAUGUUAAGACAGCAACAACAGCAGUUGCAACAACAACAUGCUGCUGCUAUGGCUGCUAACAAUGCUAGAAAUGGGAAUACUAACGGAAAGCCAAACGGAGGGAAUGGAAAUAAUAAUGGGAAGAAAGGAAAUUUGAAUCAGAAUGGUGGAGUGAAGAUGGUGAAUGAUAACAACAAUCAUCCUGGUGGUAAUGGGGUUGCUGUGAAUAAUCUUGUGGAGGGUAAAAGGGUGAAUGAUAUGAGCUCCAUUAUGAACAAUCUAGCUGGAUUCCAGGGCGGUGGUGGAGGCGGUGAUGGUGGUUUGGCGAACGGUGGUGGUGGUGGAGGGUUCCAAAUUCCUCAAAAGAACACGGUUGGUGCCGCAGGGUUCCACCUUCCUAACGGUGGAUUACCGAUGGCAGCCGGUGGUUACAAUCCAUCGUCACAAGCUGCAGCCAUGAUGAUGAACAUGAACCAAAACCAUCAUCAUCAGCAGCAGCAGCAGCAGCAGCAACAGUACAACAAUUCUGCUGCAGCUGCAUCAAUGAUGAUGAUGAACUUGCAGAACAGGCAAGCCAUGCAGCAACAGCAACAGCAACAGCAACCUCAGAUGAUGUACCACAGGUCUGCUGUUAUACCACCAGCCACUGGGUACUACUACAAUUACAAUCCUGCCCCUUACACUUACAAUGAGCAUCCUCACAACGGCUACUACACCACCAGCAGUGCUAACGGUGGUGGUGAUCAUAACUCUGCUGCCCAUAUGUUCAGUGAUGAAAACACAAGCAGUUGUUCAGUCAUGUGAGGGGUAGAAGUUCUAAUCUUUCUGCAAGUAUUGUGUGAA